AGCCAUAGUGCUGUGCCUGGAUGUAGGCUUUGCAAUGAGCAGUUCUGCCUCUGGUGAGGAAUCUUCACUUGAACAAGCCAAGAAGAUUAUGAUGAAGUUUGUGCAGCGACAGGUUUUUGCUGAGAGUAAAGAUGAAGUCGCUGUAGUUUUGUUUGGCACCGAUGGUACCAGGAAUGACCUUGCCAGUGGGGAUCAAUACCAGAACAUUACUGUACAUAGGUCACUAAUGCUACCAGAUUUUGAUCUGCUGGAAGACAUUCAAGAUGUGAUUAAACCAGGCUCUGAACAAGCAGACUUUCUGGAUGCAAUUAUUGUGUGUAUGGACUUGCUUCAGAAGGAAACAAUAGGAAAGAAAUAUGAGAAGAGACACAUUGAACUGUUUACAGACCUUAGUAGUCCUGUCAGUGAGGAUCAGCUGGAAAUUAUCAUUGCUAACUUGAAGAAAACAGGAAUUUCACUUCAGUUUUUUCUGCCAUUUCCAGUGGAUGUUGAUGAUGGAGGUGGAGAUAUAAGUGCCAGUGUGCAUUCUCAAAUGCACAGAAACUCUCUUCCAAGAAAGGGUUUAACUGAGCAACAGAAGGCAGGCAUUGAUGUGGUGAGGAAACUGAUGCAUACUUUGGAUGAAGAAGGAGGGCUGGAAGAAAUUUAUACUUUCAGAGAGAGCCUGGAGCGUCUCUCAAUGUUUAAGAAAAUAGAAAGAAGACCUUUUGCUUGGCCCUGCCAGCUCACUAUUGGUUCUAAUUUGUCUAUAAGGAUUCUGGCCUACAAAUCAGUCACAGAAGAGAAGGUGAAAAAAAUUUGGACAGUUGUGGAUGCUAAAACCCUCAGAAAAGAUGAUGUGCAAAAAGAAACUGUUUACUGCUUGAAUGAUGAUGACGAGACAGAGGUUCAGAAAGAUGAUACUAUUCAAGGGUUUCGCUAUGGGUGUGAUAUAGUCCCUUUUUCCAAGGAAGAUGAAGAGCAAAUGAAAUACAAAACAGAAGCAAAAUGUUUUUCUGUUUUAGGGUUCAGGAGAUCCUCUCAGAUCCAGAGGCAUUACUACAUGGGUAACCAGGUUCUGAAGGUCUUUGCAGCAAAAGAUGAUGAGAAUGCAGCAGUUGCUUUUUCUGCCCUCGUUCAUGCAUUGGAUGAGUUGAAAGUGGUAGCUAUAGUGCGUUAUGCUUAUGACAGAAGAAGCAACCCGCAAAUUGGGGUAGCAUUUCCAUAUAUUAAGGAUGCAUACGAGUGUCUCAUCUAUGUGCAACUACCCUACAUGGAAGACUUACGACAGUACAUAUUUGCAUCCUUGAGAAACAAUAAAAAAUGCAUUCCUACAGCGGAUCAGUUAUCUGCUGUUGACUCUUUGAUUGAUUCUAUGAAUUUGGUUUAUGAAGAUGAUGAUGGAGAAACUUUUGAGGACCUGUUUAAGCCCAGCAAAAUCCCAAACCCUCAUUUUCAGAGAUUAUAUCAG